AUGUCUGUCUACGCAAAGGAGUUCAAUGCCAUCAUCAUCGGUGCCGGUCCAGCCGGCAUUGCAAUGGGAUACCGUCUGAAGCAUGACUUGGGUAUGCAUGAUUUUACCAUUUACGACAAGUUGGAUGGUGUGGGAGGGACAUGGAGGACUAACACUUAUCCUGGAUGUGGCUGCGAUCUUCCCUCCCAUCUAUACUCGUUCAGCUUCAACCUCAAUCCCAACUGGUCGAGGGAACUCUGCGCACAGCCUGAGAUUCUUCAAUACAUGGAUGAUACCGUCGACAAAUUCGACCUCCGCAAACACGUCCACACUGCUGUCGAAUGCACCGGCGCCAAAUGGCACCACGACAAGACCAAAUGGGAGGUGAUGCUCAAAGACCACAAGACAGGUAUCACGUACUCUCGCUUCGCCACCGUCCUGAUCUCUGCCGUCGGGGCAAUCUCGUUCCCUCGCGAUGUCAAAUUCCCCGGCAUGGAGAACUUCCAGGGUGCCAUGUUCCACACCGCGCGAUGGGAUCAUUCGUUCAACUACAAGGGGAAGCGAGUCGCGGUGAUUGGCAAUGGAUGCAGUGCUGCCCAGGUCGUGCCGGCGAUUGCCAACGAUGCUGCCUUUGUGAAGCAGUAUGCGCGCAGUGGGCAGUGGUUUCAUGCGCGUCCUGACCAUGUCUUUACCUGGUUGGAAAAGUUCGCCUUUCGCUGGCUUCCGCUGUGGCAGCGAUUGCUUCGCUUGCGUAUCUUCCUGGCUGCAGAUGAAGAAACCACUACAUACUUUCCCACUCCAAAGGGACUGAAAGCUCGCCAUGCAGUCGAGGCGGAAUCACGACGAUACAUCCAGUCCAAGGCACCCAAGGAGUAUUGGAAGUCGAUUAUUCCGACCUUCCCGCUUGGCUGCAAGCGUCGUAUCUUCGAUCCUGACUAUCUGGAUUCGCUGAAUCUGCCAAGUGUCAAACUACAGCCGGAGGGAAUCAAGGAGAUCACCGAAACGGGAAUAAUCAGUUCAUCUGGCGAUGAAGACCACUUUGACCUCAUCGUCCUGGCGACUGGGUUCCAGGUCUCCCAAUUUCUGACGCCCAUGGACCUCAUCGGUUCCAAUGGCACCUCUCUGCAUGACCAGUGGGAAGCAUGCCGUGGCGCCCAGGCAUAUCUGGGAACUCACGUCCACAACUUCCCCAACUUUGGCAUCAUAUUUGGCCCGAAUACGUUUCCCGCCAACAAUUCCGCUCUAUUCGCAUGUGAAACACAAGUCGAGUUCGCCGUCAACACCCUCUUCAAGCCCCUACUUGACAAACGCGCCACAAUCGUUGAAGUCAAGCAGUCCGUGGAAGACCGCGAAACCAAUGCCAUCCACAAAGAACUCUCCAAUACUGUCUUUGCCGCUGACUGCUCAAACUGGUACAUCGGCAACCAUGGCCGGAAUGCGGCGUCAUGGCCUGGUCUGGCACGAUCCUACUGGGCGAGGACAUACUUCCCCGACUGGUCUGCUUUUAUCAUGAGUGGUGGGAGCUUCUUGUGGCCCAUCUAUCGUGUGUGUCGGUGGUUUAGAUUGGCUUCGACCACUAAGAUUGCUCUCGGGGCUGUGCUUUUUGCGGUGCUUACUCGUACGACCUUGCUGAAUGGUGCUAUGGAUGUUUUGAAGGAUGUACUUAAUGCUAGGGUGUCUGGUACGGUGUAG